ACUGAGAAGCAGAUUUCCAGAAUCAACAGGCUAGCCGUGGCUGGACUCAGUAGAGAUGUUGCUGUCUUUGACUCAGUCAUCCUUCUUAGGAAUACUCCCGCUGAUGUUGAUGUUAAACCUACUCCAGUGGGAGGAUGUGACUUCUGCUCCUGUCCACCACAAUGAGGUUUACUAUGAUGACAUGUCCCUCAAAGACCUGUUUGAUCAGGCCAUCGUACUCUCAAAGGACACCACUACUCUCACUAUAGAAAUGCGCAUGAUAUUUUUCUCCAAUGGCUUCUCCUCAAAUAUGUUCAGAAAAAUUGUACUGGAUUUUCUUAAGGACCAGAGGCACAUGGCCGAGGCUCUCAGCAGCUGCCAUACAUUUUCCCUCAGCAUUCCAGAAACCAUGGAGGAGGCCAGAAAGAUCUCACUUAAAGACUUCCUGAAAAUUAUACUCAGCAUAUUGAAUGCCUGGAAUAAGCCUCUGUACCACCUAGAGACUGAACUUCAUCGUAUGAAAGGUGCUCCUGAUGCACUUGUAGUAAGAGCCAAUGCCAUCAGGACCCUAAACGGAGAGCUUAUAGAGACUGUCAUGAUGAUGCUCAGGAAGGUUCACCCUGGAAUGAAGGAAAAGAAUGACUACCCUUUAUGGAAGGAUCUGGCAUCCUUACAGGCCACUGACAAAGAACGCCAAUUUUUGACUCUUUAUAAAUUGUUUUACUGUCUGCGUGUUGACACAUUUACAGUUGACCUUUAUCUCAAGCACUUGAUGUGUACGCUUUAUAGUGGUGACAUCUGCAACUCUGUAAGAUUUUACCAAGAUCCUUGGUGAACUAUUGUUUUGAAGUUUCUUAUAAUUUUAUACUUUUCAAGGUAUGCAUGAAUGCAAUGGUUCUCUUUCAUAAAACGAAACACAAAAGCAUCUUA